AACUUGCUCAUCCGGUACUUGGUCUCUCCCUCGUACGGGGCCAGAUCCUGCAGCGCCUGCUUGCCCUCCCGCUCAAUAGCCGCCCGGAUGUCCUCAUUGCGAGGCGUAAUGCGGCAUUUGAAGGGCGAUGGGCGCAUGUUGAGCCCGUUGGUAAAGUCGAAGAUGUCGACCGGGAUCUCCUUGCCGUUCUCGUCCAGCGCCUUCUCGAUCUUGAAUCCCCAUAGCAACCGUGCUACGGUGAUGAAGGUGCCUUGCUCCGCUAGCCCUUGCCCGCUGCACACGCGUCGACCCCAGCCGAAUGUCAUGUAUCCUCUCUCGCCAGGGAACGGUCGGUUGUACGGACUGCCUUUGAUGAAUCGCUCGGGGAUGAAUCGGUCUGGGUCAGGGAAUUCGCGCUCGUGGUGGUGGAUCGCCCAGACGUUGCCUUGUACCCAGGUAUUCUUGGGGAUCAACCAGCCCUGUACGAUCGUCAGCACGUCUGCAACUUAUACAGCCAGAUGGGUCUGCCUACCUUGUAAUAAUCAUCUUGUAUUGGAGCAUGAGGCUGCCCGCCAAUGA